AUGUAUAAUCAUGACGGCACAAUCGAAUUCUGCAGCCGAAGAGAUACACAAGUUAAAAUCCGAGGCUUACGGGUGGAACUCAGCGAGGUUGAGUAUCGCAUCCGUGAGGAACUGGAAGAUGUUUGUCAAGUCGCUGUAGACAUGCUCGCGACUGAUAGAGGCUCUACUUUAGUCUCUUAUAUUUGCUUUAGUGAUGAAACUCGAAGCUUGCCGGCCAUAUCAGACACCAGCAUAGAUGAACUGUUUACGUCUCCAACAGCUGAAAUCCAGGCUUUGCUCGCUGCUAUGGUAGGCCAGCUCAAGACGUUGUUGCCUAAUUACAUGAUACCCUCUGUAUUUCUCAUUUGCAAAUACAUGCCGUCUAUAACUUCUACAAAACUGGAUAGAAAGACACUUCGCAAGAUGACGUCUCUUCUGAGCAAUGAUCAACUAUCGGCAUUUUCAUCGAUUGACGAUGAGAAGAGGGCCCCGGAAACAGAAGUUGAACGCCGGUUUCAGAGUAUCUGGGCAUCAAUUCUGAACAUUUCGGCUGUCUCAAUAGGAAGAGACGAUCACUUCUUACAGAUUGGCGGUGAUUCCAUCUCAGCUAUACAUUUAGUAUCUAAAGCACGAGCUGAGGGUCUUGAGAUAUGUGUGAAAGAUAUUUUUGAUGAUUCUAGACUGCUUGCAGUUGCUUCAAAAGCCAUUCUUAGCGCCGGUGGUAGGGAGAUGGAAGACGCCAUAUUGCCCUUUUCACUUCUACAAGAGGCCAUCCGAGACGCAGCCUUAAAAACCGCAUCAGAGCUAUGUCAUGUCCCCGUGAGCGCUAUUGAAGAUGCAUUCCCAUGCACAUCUUUGCAAGAAGGCUUAAUGGCAUUGUCUGCUAAGCAGCCUGGCUCUUAUGUCGCCAAAUACGUCUAUAAAUUAGCCAACCACGUUGAUGUUCCACGCUUCAAAGAAGCCUGGUGUAAGACAGUCGAAUUAUGCGGAUUGUUACGAACCAGGAUUAUACCUAUGAAGGAUUCUGCUCUCCAGGUGAUUGUCAAGCACUUGGUCAAGUGGGAAGAAACAACAAACGAAACUCUCUCCUCUCUUGUUCAUUCACCUAGAGCCCUCGAGAUGACCUAUGGCGCUCCUCUUUGCUGGUACGCAUUGCAUUGUGAAGCUGAAGCCAAUUAUUUUGUGUGGUCAGCACAUCACGCCAUAUACGAUGGAUGGACAAUACAGGUCAUUUUGAAGGCUCUCGAAACCAUCUACCGAAAAGUUGACGUGCCUCGUUUGCGGCCAUACAAUGCAUUCAUUCGGUAUAACUUGGCACUUGAUCAUAGCGCUGCCGCUAGUUUUUGGAGCACAGAGCUGUGUGGUUCUAAACGCGCCGCAUUUCCA